CAAGUCUAGCGAAUAAUCUAGUUGAAGAGACGGCCAUGUUGUCGCGUACGGUACUUUGUUUUGAUCAUGUGACCGUACACUAUUUUGAUCACCUGACAAGCCAAUAUAACAGGAAGAUGGCCAUUAUACAUCCAGGGAAUAUAUUUGUUAGAUUAGCUGGCAUAUCCGGUGCUAUUGCCGUAACCUUAGGUGCAUAUGGAGCACACGUGCUAAAGAAUAAGGAAGAAAAUGAACACAAUAAACAGGUUUUUGAUACUGCAAAUCGCUAUCAUUUUUACCACACAUUCGCACUGUUAGCAAUGCCCCUGUGCAAUCGACCGCUUUUGGCUGGAACAUUGAUGGGUGUCGGAAUGCUGAUUUUCUGUGGAACAUGUUAUUACCAAGGGCUCACCGGAGAUUCGUCUCUCGUUCGCAUGACACCUUGGGGUGGCACAAUUCUCAUCGUGUCGUGGUUGAUGAUGGCUAUUUAGAAUGACCUUCCUUAUAAGAUAUUUCGCCCUCGUGUACGUAUGGAACGUCGAUUUAUUAAAGGAAAUGUGGAUACUUUAAAUGUGAAACACGCUUAAUAGAACCAGAACACAGCCAACUUUUAUAUCUUCUAAAUCCAUGGUUUUAAGAAACAGAGCCAAUAGUUUUAUUUUCAAUUGAAGUUUUGUAUCUAAUGACAUCAGGCUUCUGUAAUUUUCCACUAUACACUACUAAAUUUGAUUAAGGAUUAAAACAUACUUUAAAUAUUCACUUCAUUCUCCGUAACCCAUUAGGUUAUAGUUUAUUUCUUAAAUUUUCUUUUAUAUUGUUGUUAAUUGCCUGGCACUAAAUAAUUACAGUACAAAUUAAAACGAUGUACAUAAUAAACUUUACUAACAUGCAAGUGCUGGCUUACUUUAUUUUUCCUUAAUUCAUAAUAGACUUUUAUAAUACUACGUUUUCUUUUACAACCCAAUUAUUAAACCAUGAAUAUUUAGAAUGAAUUGUAUUCCCGAACCACCGAAAAGGAUCCAUGAGAUUUUGAAGUUAAUCGAACCUUGAUGUAUCUGGUAACACUUUUUAUUCAGUUUAUAAGUAACACAUGGCCGUGGUUUUGGGGUCAUAUUUUUUGUAAUAAAGUCCUAUCGAAUGUAAUUAAAUAA